AUGACCAAUCUCAUUUCGGUGCCAAAUGCGCCACAAACGGCCGUUCGCAAAACCUGGCGCCAGCAAAAACCUCGAACCAAAAGACUCCAAAAUUACUUCAAUCAACUCCUGGCUCAAUCUCACGAGCUUGAAUUGGAGUUUGAAAAGGAGAAAGAAGCCCAUGCAGCAGCCAAAGAAGACGACAUCCAACGUCUGGCUUCGGAAAAUAACAAGCUGUUAGAGCAAAUUACCACGGAGAGACGGGCGCAUGAAUCCACAAAAUUGGAGCUGUCCAGCAACAAAGCCUACAAAUGUGAUAGAGACGACGCCAUCAAGAAGAACAACGACCUUAUUGAAUCAUACAACCUUCUCGUUACAGAAUAUCUUGAGUUGCGGAUCAAACUUAAUUUAAUUAAAGUCGAGAUCUCAAAUCUGCAGACCGAGAAAGAUGCGCGUCUGAGACAACUCAACGACUACGAAUCCGAGUUGGAUGAGGCAUGGGCCAAAAUGAGCUAUGCUUUCUUGCGUGUGAAGAACGUCAAGGAAGCUGCGCCGUAG